UAGGACCUGAAAAAAUGACUCAGUCGGUGCAAGUUAAUACGAAGAUGCCAGAUUUAGGCUCUGCGUUCAUUUAUUCCAGUCAGGAGGAGGCUGAUCAGUCAGCCUCUUACUCUGUUCAAACUCCUUAUGGAUUCCAGCUGGACCUGGACUUCCUUAAAUAUGUAGAGGAGAUUGAAAGUGGGCACAACCUUCGUCGGGCACCUUUGAGUUCCCGACGUUCUGGACGUGGAUUUAGACUUUCCCAGAGGAGUCCAAGUGUUGGAGGUCGUACCAGUGGAUGGACAUCCACAGAAUCACUUUCAUCCCCUGUCAGUGAAGAUGGCAGAGUUCCUCCACCACCACCGCCACGUAAUCGCCUUGGCUCAGCCCCCUGUGAAGGACUCUCUCUUUCACCCGUAACUCUUCUUAGUAUUCCCCCCCUGUCUGCUGGGGCCAAAGUGCCACCGCCUCCACCGCAACGCAACCCAAGGGUUGAGCGGACUCUUCUGGAAACCAGCCGGCGGCUACAGCAGGAACACACCCACCAGCACCAUAACGGUGGGCGCCUCCAGCUGGCAGAUCCUCCCAAACAGCUCACUCUCUCUACGUCCAGUCAGCCUCUGCAAAGUAGCUGGACUAAACCCAGUCCUCAGACCUCUGGGCGCAGCACUCCAGCUGCUGGUACCACAGUGACCCCAAUCCCCCCCAGCCAGCUGCAGACGGUUAGAGAGCAGAUGGCUACAGCCUUGAAGCAGCUGAAGGAGAUGGAGGAAAGGGUAAAGGGUGUUCCUGCACUUGAGGAAGAGGUGGCCAAGCUUCGUGCAGAAAAAGAUAUGCUUCUGUUGGCUCUGGAGGAGAAGAAGGUAGCCAUAGAGGCUUCCAAACAGAAGCUUCAGUCUGCAGAGACUUCUACCCAAACUACAGAAACUCUCAAAACUGAUCACAGUCGAUUGACUUCACCAACUGGACACAAAAGUCUUGUCAAACCUGGUGAGCUAAAAAGACUGACGGAGAAGUUUGAGGGAAAGGAACAGAAAUCUCCCCAAACAUCAGCAACGGUUUUAGUAAGUGCUCCAGAAAAGGCAGUUGUUCAAAUGAAAUCAGUGGCUGUUGGGGAAGAUGUGUCCAUGGCCUCUGUCGUUUUCUACCACAGCCAUGGUGUGAAAGAUGUAUCUGUGUGCACUGAAGUGAACAUGAGUGAGAAAUUCACAGCAACAGAUGCCCCUGCGGUUCAUGAACAGGCUGUGCAGGCCAGAGUGGAGAUGAAGGAGGCUGAGGUUUGGGUCAUGGAGUCGCUACUUGGGCUGAGCACAGAGGCACAGCGGGAGAUAGACACCUUACAGGACACCAUUAAAUUCCAACAAGAGUCCAUUGCAGCUCUAGAAGAUCGUCUGAGUACAGCUGACAAAGACCUUUCAAUCCUUAGGACCCAGAUAAAUAAAAAAACGUCCAAAGUCACAUUUGACAAAGAAACUUUUGUCAAACCAGACAUGAAACAUGCCCAAGUAGAGACAGUAACUUUUGUGUUAAGACAUGCUGCAACUAUGUGCCAUCCAGAGAUGAUGGAUGUAUGUGUUGGAGAAGGUUUAGCAGCAGGCCAACUUGAACAGGGUACCCAGACUGAUGCUGCUGCUGCAGCUGCAGCAGAGAAGGAACCAGGACCAGCACUUGAUGAACGGGUCAGUGUUGGGUGCCAAUGGGAGAUGCUGCCUGAUGAAAAGUAUGAGGAGCAGAAAGCUACUGUGCCAAAAAAAAGACAGCUAACCAUAACUGAGUACAAGGUUUCACCAGAAGAAGAGAUAAUUGGUGCGGAGGGGAAAAAACUGGACCAAGGAGAGGAAACCACAGCCAGCAAGACGGGUAUGCUGAAAUCAAUCAUGAAGAGGAAGGAUGGGAGUAGCUCAAGCGAGAACCGCAAGAAGAGCCUCCAGUUUGUUGGAAUUCUAAAUGGAGGAUAUGAGUCUACGUCUAGUGAGGAAGAAGAGGAGGAGGAGGAGGAAGAAGAAGCUGUGAGUUCUUCUGGAGAAAGCGGAGAAGAGUGCUUGGACAGCACAGAAGAGGAUGAGGCAGCGUUAGAGGAGGAGACUUCAGAGGAGGAGAGAAACGUCAACCUGGAUGAGAGCGACACGGAUGAGGAAGCGCUGAAAGCUGCAACUAGUUCAUCAGAAGCCGUGAAAGAAAAGUUUGAGUUCAGCGCAAAAAUGCGCGAAGCCUGCCUGAUUCUGAAGAAUCACUUGAACGAUGAUGUCGAAACUCUGAAGAGUAAGGAAGUGCUGUCCAGCACCCACAUUGUCCAACUCGAGUGGUUCCGGAUCUCCAGUGCAAAGAUGGCUCAGCCGUCGCGGGUCUCCGACUACCUGAUGGCGUUCUCUGAGGUGUCGUCUGUGCUGCUGAAGCACGUGGUCAACAUGACCGACGGAAACGGCAACACGGCUCUUCACUACAGCGUCUCCCACUCUAACUUCAGAGUGGUCAAACUGCUGCUGGACACAGGUGUGUGCUGUGUGGAUAAGCAGAACAAGGCGGGCUACACAGCCAUCAUGCUGGCUGCUCUCUCGACUGUAAAGGAAGACGACGACAUGGCUGUAGUCAAAAAGCUCUUCAGUCAGGGGAACGUCAACGCCAAGGCCAGCCAGGCAGGUCAGACAGCUUUGAUGCUAGCCGUUAGCCACGGGCGGCAGGAGAUGGUGCGAGCCCUGCUCGAGUGUGGCGCCGAUGUGAACGUGCAAGACGACGAGGGGUCCACAGCUCUGAUGUGCGCCAGCGAGCACGGGCGUGCGGAGAUCGUCAAACUGCUCCUCGAACAGCCAGGCUGUGACAUCUCCAUUGUGGAUAAUGAUGGCAGUAAUGCUCUGUCCAUUGCACUGGAAGCAGCCCACAAUGACACAGCUGUGCUUCUGUAUGCACAUAUGAACUAUGCAAAGACCCAAACUCCUGUGGGGAGUCCAAAAACCCAGCCCAGGAGCCCCUCAAGCCCUCACAAGUCCUGGCCUGCAGACUGAAACCGUCCAUGCUGCUCCCUGAGACAGACCAGCAAAUCUAACUGGAUUUGAGCUGUGAAAAGCUCCACUGGAUUUUAUCUAAACACCCAUGUAUUUUUUUUAUGUGU